GCUGCGCUGGAGAACGCCCUGCCGCGGCCCGUGUCCUGGAAGCGCGGGGACCUGGCCCUGCUCGAUCGGGAGACUGGGACCUCCUCUUCACCAGCAGCCCCGCUGGCGCGGGCUCCGCCCUGCUUUAGACCUGCUGCCCGCGGCAGGCCUGAGCCUGGACGCCUGGCCGGCGCCGGCGGCCGGGGCGGCGGAGGCGCUGCGGCGUGCGCUGCGGCCGCUGGCGGUGCGGCAGGAGAUCGACGUGGCCGCCGGGCGCCUCAGCGACGUCGUGGCGCUCGCGCCCUGGCCGCGCGGGCUGCAGGCCCCCGGACCCCUCGGGGACGUGCUGCGCCAGCUGGACGGCGCCGCGGUGACCCUGUCGCUGGACCACCGCCUCGAGGCCUACGGCUUCUCGAGGCUGCGCGUCGUCCUCGAGGGCCUGCGGCGCUCGCUGGGCCGCCCGGACGGCUCCUCCAGAAGACCAAAAGCAGAGCAGCAGAGCGCAGACGCUCCGUGGUCUUUAGGCGGACCUCCUGGGUCGGCGUCGCCCCCCUCUCCCCUCCGCCCCUUCCCUGGCGCGCCGAGCUCGCCGGUGGCGGCGCCAGAGGCGCCGCCAGGGGCGUGA